UUUUCGUCACAGUGCGCAAAUGCGCAUCCAAGAGUGCGAAGCUGCGGCGGACAGCGGCAAAAGCAACACGAGCAGGCUGGGAACCGACACAUUAGGGCGGAAGAGAAAACAGCGCUUCAGGGGGAAGACUCAACACAGCGAGAAGCUCUGGGACACGGCAGCAACCAUGGUUGGCGAGCGCCGGAAUGGGAACCUGCUGGUCCAGCUGGGCCCGCGGCUGCAGGCAUAUCCUGAGGAACUGAUUCGCCAGCGCCGCACCCACGACGGCCAGACGGAGUACCUGAUUCGCUGGUGCCUCGUCACCAUCGAUGACGGCUCCAGCUCGGGGGGCGGAGCCGGCGAGGUGGGCGGGUCGGGCGGCGGCUCCGGUGUGGGCGGGUCGGGCGGCUCGUCGUCCGGAGAAACUAAGCCGGAGAACAUCCUGAUGUGGAUGUCCACCGAGGACGUCUACGCCAACUGUCCCACCCUGCUGGGCAAGAGGAAGACGGACUCGCAGCGCCCCCUGCAGCCGCAGGAGACGCAGCGCGGCGCCGAUGCGGUCGACGGAGGUGGAGAGCUCCCGGCCGACGUCACAUUCGACGAGGUGGAGCUGUCGGACAUGAAGGAGGACGUGAAGAACCUGGUGUGUCGCGCCAGGAAACAGAUGGCCAAGAAGAGCGACUUCUCCAUCAACAUCAUGCACACCAUCCACGUACUCAGCGCCUAUGCCUCCAUCGGUUCACUGGUCGGCGUCUUCAAGGAGACCGGAGCCCUCAACCUGCUCAUGGAGCUGCUCUGCAACAAGGAGACCCAGACCAGGCGCAGCGCCGGCAAGAUGCUGCGGGCGCUCGCAUCACACGAUGCAGGUAGUCGGGCCUACGUGUUGCUGUCUCUCAGCCAGCAGGAUGGCAUCGAACAGCACAUGGACUUUGAUAAUCGCUAUACUCUGCUGGAGCUGUUUGCUGAAACCACGUCUUCAGAGGAACACGGCAUCUCCUUCGAGGGGAUCCACCUGCCUCAGAUCCCUGGGAAGCUGCUGUUCUCUCUGGUGAAGCGCUACCUGUGCGUCACGUCUCUGAUGGACAAACUCAACACGGCGGGGGUGGAGUCAAGCUCUGACAGACAGGACUCCAGUCCCUUCCCCGCCUCCUCCAGCUCCGCCCACCAGGCCGAGCACCUGCGCGUUCAGCGGGAGUUCGACUUCACCAUGGCGAUGGCCAACUUGAUCUCGGAGCUGGUCCGGGUGAUGGGCUGGGACCGGAACCGCCAGCCGCCCGAUAGCUCUGCCCACCACCCGGCAGGGGGUGGGGUCAGCGGCGAGGAGCAGGAGGAGGUGUCCCGGCCCGUCCUCAGGUCCAUCUUCCAGCCUCGGUUCUGUGCCUCGCCCGUCGCCCUUGCCGUUAGCUCGGUGGCGGCGUCAGCCUCCACACCGCCAAAGAAGAAGAUGGGAAACGGGUUCAAGACGCGGUCGGACUUCGCCAGCCGCUCGGCCUACGUGGAGUAUGUCCAGGACAACCUGAAGAGCGGCAUGAUGGUCCGCAUGCUGGAGGACUACGAGGAAGUCAGCGCCGGGGACGAGGGAGAGUUCCGCUACAGCAACGACGGAUCCCCACCUGUACAGGUCUACUGGAACUCCCUGUCCAGAACCUACUGGGUCCACUGGCACAUGGUGGAGAUCUUGGGCAGCGGCAGCAGCAGUCAGGCUGAGAAGGAGACGCAGGAGAAGGCCUCGUCACUGACGGAGACGCUCAAACUCACCGCAGUGAGCCAGACGUUCUUCUCCAAGCCUCCUGGUGGACUCUACUCGCUGCCUUACCUGUCUGAGGGGCUGCAGGUGGAGCCGGCGGCGCUGAGCAGAGCCGAGUGGUGGGAGGUCCUCUUCUUCAUCAAGAAGCUGGAGCCCAAGCAGCAGCAGGAGGUCAGCGGCAUCCUGCUGCAGAACCUGGACGACCAGGAGGCGGAGCUUGACGACUCAUCUCUGAUUGGUCUGUGCGUCCCUGGCGACGUUGCCAAGAAGCUGCUCCACUACCUGAAGCAGAAGCUUCCGUCGUCGUGCCUCAGCGACCUGCUCUGCUCCCACUCCUUCCUCAAGCACUACCUGAGGAGAGGAGGAGGCAUCCUGGAGGACGAGGAGCUUCUGGCCCAAGGCUCUCUGGCAGUGGCGGGAGCUCCGAGCUUCUCCUCGUUGUCCUCGGCCUCAGCCUCCUCGUCCUCGGCCAUGGGCUCCGUCUCCAAGAAGGCCAAGAAGGAGCCUCCACUGGACGCGGAGACGGACAGCGAGCUGCCGACGGAGGACGACAGCAGAUACCCCGACGACCUGGAGGACAAGAUGAAAGUGUUCAACAACCCGCGAGUUCAGGGGAAGAAGACGGUUCUGGAGAAGCUGGGCGAGGUGGUGGACAUCCUGAAGAAGGCGUGUUCGGAUCAGAACCAGCAGCUGGCUGCUGUCCUGUUCAUCACCAGGCUGCUGGAGGAGAAAGGAGCUCAGGAGAAGAACUCCAUGAGGAGCGACUCGGCCCAGACUAUACGGGAUAAGGUUCUGAAGCUGCUGGUGGAGCUGCUUGGCUCCGCCUCCAGAGACAUGGUUGUGAGCACACUCAGACUGACCCACCUGCUGAUGCUGAAGUAUGAGUGGAGGGUUUCCUUUGCCACGGAGGGCGGAGUCAAAGCCGUGCUGUCCUGCAUGCAGGAGUUCUCGUCUGUGACUCAUGUGCAGCAGCUGGCGCUGGCGACUCUGAAGGUCAUCACCGGCGCUAGCAAACACGACCUGCGCAGCGUCGGCAGCAGCCCGCCGCUGUCCGAGUCCGGGACCCAGAUGAUGCUGGAGAUCUUCGCCAGCAUCGGGUCGGCCACGCCCGAAGGCUCCAGAGGGCUGCUGGCCGCCAUUCCUGCUGCCAUCGAGCUCAUGUUGAAGACCAAAGGCUGCAGGCUGUCAGUGCGUAACGGACUGCUUGUCAUCAUCAUGCUCAUCUCCAACCAUAAGAGUCUGGCUGAGCAGCUGGUGGCCUGUGACGUCACGGCCAUCCUGAAGAAGUGUCUGAUGCUGUCCAGAGCUGAGACCAUGCUGGCCAUCAUCGCCCUCAACCACAUCUCCAUGGUGCACAAGCUGGACAGCAAAGAGUGUCGUGAGCAGCUGGACUUCAAGGACACGGAGCUCCAGAUGUUGGUAGUCAGUCUGAAGGAACUGACGUCCACCAAGGAGGUGAUUCAGACUCUGGAGCAGCUGCUGUGUGACGAAGCUCUGCAGCUGGAAGAGGAACGCAACCAGGUGAGCAGCAGUCGGGACACCUACCAGGACCUGGUGCGUCUGAUGGAGCAGCACCGAGCCGACCGGGCUGCCCAGCUGUCCAUCCUCAGGAUCCUGAACAAGUUCCUGGACAGCUACCAGGAGGAUGUCCUGCCGUGGCACGAGAGCAUCGAGCCCUGCCUGUCCUCCAUGACGGCCUUCAUCAACGACCGAGAGGUGGUCCAGCUGUUCAUCCGCUUCCUGUACCGGCUGGCGUCGCUGAACAAGGACUACGCCGUGGUGAUGUGUCGACUCGGCACCAAGGAGGCUCUAGUGAAGGCUCUGGACAAACACAGCACCAACCUGCUGCUGGUCACCGAGCUCAGAGACCUCAUCACCGACUGUGAGAAGUACGCCAGCCUCUACAAGAAGAUGACCACCAGCGUCCUGGCAGGCUGCAUCCAGAUGGUGCUGGGUCAGAUCGAGGAGCAUCGCCGAAGCCAUCAGCCAAUCAACAUCCCCUUCUUCGACGUGUUCCUCAGGAACCUCUGUCAAGGUUCCAGUGUGGAGCUGAAGGAGGACAAAUGCUGGGAGAAGGUGGAGGUCUCGUCCAAUCACCAUCGAGCCAACAAACUGACCGACAAGAACCCCAAAACCUAUUGGGAGUCCAACGGCUGCACCGGGUCGCACUUCAUCAACAUCUACAUGCACAAAGGGGUCGUCAUCAGACAACUUGCCAUCCUGGUGGCCAGUGAGGACUCGAGCUACAUGCCGGCCCGAAUCCUGGUUCUGGGAGGAGACGACCCGACCAACAUCAACACGGAACUGAACACGGUGAACGUGACUCCGUCGGCCAGCCGAGUGGUUCUGUUGGAGAACAUGAGCAGAUUCUGGUCCAUCAUCCAGAUCCGGAUUAAGAGAUGCCAGCAGGGCGGCAUCGACACCCGGGUCCACGGCUUCGAGGUUCUGGGUCCGAAGCCAACGUUCUGGCCCGUCUUCAAGGAGCAGUUGUGCUGUCGGACCUACCUGUUCUAUAGCACCAAGGCCCACACCUGGUGCCAGGAGGUGAUGGAGGACAAGACGCAGCUGCUGCAGCUGUUCAACAAACUGAACAGCGCUCUCAGACAUGAGCAGAUGUUUGCUGAUCGUUUUCUUCCGGAUGCUGAAGCAGCUGAAGCUCUGGGACGAACCUGCUGGGAGGCUCUGAUCACACCUAUAGUCCACAGCAUCACACACACAGAAUCCUCGGCGUUCAGCCCGUUGUCAUGGUUACUCAGCGAGUACCUGGAUAACGCCGAGUCGGCUCGCCGCUGUAAGAGCCGGGCAGCCAUCUUUAACUCCAGAGUGCGGCGGCUGACUCACCUGUUGGUCCACGUGGACACGAGUCACAGCGAGGGGGAGGAGCUUAAACCGCCUGUCAAGUCCAAAGGUCUCAACAGAAGCAAAGAGCUGAAGAAUGGUAAAGAAGGUAAAAACAAAGACUCCACCGCGGCUUCCUCCUCCACCUCCUCUUCUUCAGCCAAGCCCAAAGUGAAGAGCAGCAGCAGCAUUGCAGGCAUCGCCCUCUGCUGGCAGGAAGUGGUACAGCGACAGGUGAAGAGGUUUCUGGAGUCAAGCUGCAGCCUGCCGGACUUCGUGGAACGUUAUCGAACGCUGUACCUGCGGCUGAAGAACGCCAUGGAGGAGCUGUUCGGACAGCAGACUGCCUUCGUCCUCGCACUGCGACAUGGAUUCUCUGCUGCGCUGCUGCAGCUGUCCAUCCUCAGAGCCAUGCAUGUGAGCGAGCGUUUUGCUCAGUACAUCGAUCAGAUGAUCCAGGCCUGCGGAGCGGCGUCCGGCAGCGUGGAGACUCUGGAGCGGCUGCAGCAGUUUCUGGAGCCGAUGCUUUUCCUGUCAGGCCUGGAGCUCGCCAACACCUUUGAGCAUUUCUACAGGUACUACCUGGGCGACCGGCUGCUGGCUCAGGGGAACGUCUGGCUGGAGAGUGCCGUCAUUGACCAGAUCGGCAGCUGCUUCCCGAGCCGCUUCCCCCAGCAGAUGAUGAAGAACCUGAGCGAGUCGGCCGAGCUGCAGCAGGAGUUCCACCUGUACCGGCUGCAGCAGCUGGACCGGCGCCUGCAGGAGCACGACCAGAUGAUGGAGGACGAGUUGGCGGAGUCAGAGGACGAGGCCGAGGUCCAGGUUCUGGUUCUGUCUCCGCGCUGCUGGGCCGUCUCCUCUCUCUGCUUCCUGGAUGAACCAGCUAAACACUUUCCGUCAGAACUAUGCUCCUACCUGAACCAGUUCACCCAGUUCUACACCCACAGUCAGUCCAUGUACAGUCUCAGUCACUCCAAGCCUCGGCGGCUGCAGUGGACGUGGCUCGGACACGCUGAGCUGCAGUUCGGCUGCUCGACGCUGCACGUCUCCACACUGCAGAUGUUCAUCCUGCUGCAGUUCAACAACCACCAGGAGGUGUGUGUAGAGUCUCUGCUGCAGGUGACGGGUCUGUCUGCUGCCGUUCUGCUUCACGCUCUGCAGCCAUUGGUCAAUGACGGUGGCCCGCUGACCUGCAGCCCUCCAGAAGAUCCUGGUCAAGGUGUGCUGUGCCUGAACCAGCAGGUGGCGUCCCUCAGUGAGGACGGCGUCCCGACGUCCGUCCGGUUGCUGCCCAGACAGACGUACCUGAACGUGGACGAGGACGCGGCAGGAACUCUGGAGAGGAAGAGGAACUACAUCUACUGCCUGAUCGUCCACAUCAUGAAGCAGGAGAAGGAGAUGCACAUCGACAACCUGGUCUUCAAGGUUCUGGACUCAUGUCAGAAGCAGGAAGCGUUGCGGUCCCCGGGCGGAGGCAGCUUCAGCUGCAGCACCGGCGAUGUUCUGUCCUGCAUCAUGCAUGUCAUCAGCAAAGGCUGCAUCCGCCGCAACGAGGACAACCCUCACAUCGUGGAGUUCCUCCCCGAGGACCCGUCCACGCCACAGAAAGGCCAGGCCCAGUUCUCCUUCAGCCGGGCCGACAUCCAGAAGGACGGCGCCGACAGCCGGGCCGACAUCAGUCUGGUUCCGACUCCGCGGCGGUUCGAGGACGGAGUUCUGGACGCUGUUCUGUUCUCCAUGGGACGGACAAUGACGCAGGAGGAGGUCCGACAGCUGAUGCAGAGGACGGUCCAACAGGUUUCAGGGACUCUGAGUCUGGACCUGGACCGGGCCGAACACCUGCUGGUCCACUGCAGGUGGAACGUGGACCUGCUGGUGCAGCGCUACACAGAUGACCCUGAUGCCCUCAUCUUGGCUGCCGGCCUCAAAUGUCGAAACCCGCAGCCCCCUCCAAGCCCCGCCUCCACCUGCCCCGUUUGCCUCGGGCCCAGAACCGGAACCCUGGAACCAGUUCCGUCUCUGAGCUGCAUGCACUACUGCUGCCGGUCGUGCUGGCAGGAGUACCUGACGGCGAGGAUCGAGCAGAAUCUGGUGAUGAGCUGUAACUGUCCAAUCACAGACUGCCAGGCCCAGCCCACCUCACGCUUCUUCCUCAGCAUCCUCACCGACAAGGACACCAUCGCCAAGUACGAAAACGCGCUGCUGCGGGGCUACGUGGAGUGCUGCUCCAACCUCACCUGGUGCACCAACCCCCAGGGCUGCGACCAGAUCCUCUGCAAGGAGAACGUGGGCAGCAUGGGCACCUGCUCCAGGUGCUGCUGGUCCUCCUGCUUCAGCUGCAACUUCCCAGAGGCCCACUACCCCUCCAGCUGCAGCCACAUGUCCCAGUGGAUGGACGAUGGGGGCUACUAUGAGGGGAUGAGCAUGGAGGCUCAGAGCAAACAUCUGGCUAAGCUCAUCUCCAAACGCUGCCCCAGCUGCCAGGCCCAGAUCGAGAAGAACGAGGGCUGUCUGCAUAUGACCUGUGCCAAGUGUAACCACGGUUUCUGCUGGCGUUGUCUGAAACCAUGGAAACCAACACACAAAGAUUACUACAAUUGCUCCGCCAUGGUGAGUAAAGCAGCGCGGCAGGAGAAGAAGUUCCAGGAUUACAACGAGAGAUGCACCUUUCACCACCAGGCCAAGGAUUUUGCCAUCAACCUGGAGAACAAGGUGUCGUCCAUUAAUGAAGCUCUGCAGAUGAAGUCUCUGACCUUUGUCAUCGACGCCUGUAAAGUCCUCGCUCAGGCUCGGAAGGUGCUGGCCUACUCCUGCGUCUACAGCUACUACAACCAGGAGACGGAGAAGAUGGGCAUGAUGGAGCAGCAGACGGAGGCUCUGGACCUGCACACCACCGCCCUGCAGAUCCUGUUGGAGGAGACGCUGCUGCAGUGCACCGACCUGGCCUCCUGCAUCCGGCUGCUGAAACCGGAACACCUGAACACUGGAUUGGAGCUGAUCCGACGCAUCCAGGAGCGUCUGCUGGCCAUCCUACAGCACUCCACACAGGACUUCAGGGUUGGGUAUCAGUCCAAGAGCAGCCAGGAGGCGGAGUCUCCACAGGCAUCCAACCUGUCCAACCACACCGACGCCAAUAAAGUGUCCAAGUCGGACCGGGCGUCGGACUCCGGGGACUCGGACAACAACAACUACACGGGGGAGGAGGGCGGUGAGGAGGCGGAGGACGAGGACGACGAGUACGACGAGGAGUAUGUCCCCGAGUGGCACGAGGACUACGACGAGGACGACAUAGACGAGGACGACUUCUUCUCUGACGACGACGAGUCCGAGAACCUGGAGCGGGACUUCAGCCCCUUCGACUGAACUGGACCGAGCCGGUCGGGGAGGACAACCACCUCCUCGUCUCAUCUGCUGCCGUCUGAGGACGACGGAGACGAUCACAGCAACGUCCUCCUGAAGGCCCCGAACACAGCUGCACUCGCUUCACUUCUGUUUCACCUUCUGUUUCCCCUGAGUCCAGUUACGGGAGUGGACGAGGAACAAACUGCUCCGAGAUUCAAACAGUGUGAAGCUGAUUUAAAGCCUCCUUAACCCGUGAAAAGUUUGAAUUAAGACUAAAGCUGGUUGAAAAUAAAAUUAAUGUUGUUCUGAAACUGGUUUCAAAACAUUUAAAGAACAGGAUGCUAACGAUAGCAUCUGAGACCAGUUUAAACCAGAUUUAGUUCAGUCUGAAACUAGAUUAAUCCAGUUUGAAAUGAAGCCUUUUAGAAGGAGUUCUCGUUUCCAGAUUUUCUUUUUCCUCCAGGUCUGAUCUCAGAGCAGUUUUCCGGCGUCUCUUCUGUACCAACCCGCCUGGACUCGGUUCCGGUUCUGGAUCUUUUUGAGCGGACGUUUGUUACUUUGUGAUGAUUCACGAAACAAAAUGUGUUUGUUUGCUGCUUGUUGGGUUUCAGUGACGGACUCUGGAGCCGGACUGAGGUCCAGCUCUGUCCAUGUUCUGCUGUAGAACCUUUAGUUCUUCACGUUCUGCCUUGGUUCUGUUCUGCUGGAGGCGGCCUUCAUUUGACACUCGUGUAGAUUUUCUGGCUGAGUUUUUUUACGAGCUGCAGGAUGUUUCUAUGCAUCUGGAACGUGUCCAUCAGCCUCCCAAGUAUCACUGCAAUAACCGAAGACUGCUGCGUCCCAGAAGAACCCAUUCAGACCCGAGUCCAGAACUUCUUUUGAGGUUCCAGCUCCUGUUUUGCUGUAAUUUUGAAAGAUCCUAUAUUCAUAUUGUUGAUGUUCUAUAAUGUUCUUUCUGGUUUAUUUGCUGGAGUCGAGCGACUUCAGCCGGCAAAACUCAAUAAAAGCUUUUUCUGCUACGCUG